UUAAUUGGACAACGCGUUGUUAAUGGCAGUUGUUCAGAAUAAUUCUUUAGUAUAGCCGUGUAUUGUUAGAUUUUGGUUUUAAAUGAUAUUUACUUUAAAAAGCGAAUAUGAAUGUGUCGGUAAUAAGUAUUUGUAUUUAUGUAUUAUAUUUAUUUAUUUCAAAAUAAAAUGAAAGUCGCAUAGAUAUGUUAUACCGGAAAAAGAAGCUAGCUAUAAAACUUUGGUACUUGGUGUUUCAUUCCUUUAAAUAUCAGCGAAAUAUUGCUGAAAAGUGAAUUUACUGGACAUUAUAAGUUUUAGUGUCGGUCAUGUUUAAUAUUAUUCUGGCUUUUUUUUGUGAAUUGAAACAGAUUGGUUCAAAAUGGCGCCCGGCGUAAACGUAGUGCGCAUGCGCGUUGUAGUAACAGUAAUAGUAGUAGCCAAGCUCAAGGUUUCAUUACAACUUUUCUCCACGAAGUUGAAGUUGUUGAGGCGCCAUGAGUUUACACCUAGCUCCUCUUCACUGUCCGUCACCUAUCGAGAACAAGCGCUUAAGCCUUAUUCCCGUUGGACGACAGCUCCAGAGAACUCCUCCGACCAAAAAGAUCUCGGAGACGCAUAGGAAUGAAAACCCGACGGUCAAAGAGGAAGAAGAGUCUCAGGAGGCACCUCAAAAUGCGUCCAUCGGCGGUCAGGAUGAUUCCACGUGCCCGUCUGUGAAGGACGAGAGGAUCUCCUUUCGCAGAUCCAGCAUCACGUCGGCAUCAAGUGUGUUAUUGGCGAUGGGGAACGCAGACCCUGAUGUUUUUAUCCAGGGCAUGCAGGGUUACCGGUGGACUGACGCAGACCUGGAGUUCGUCCAUCAGGCCAAGCAUCAGAAACGAGCCCAGCAGCUACAGCAAGAGUUGGGUGAGGUGGAGAAAACCCUGCAGGUCGAGACUCAGAGGUUGGAGCUGGCCGUAGGCUCUCGAGACCAACUUCUGUCUGAACUGUCCAAGAUGCCGUCCUGCGACCUGCUCCUGACGCUGUGUAAAAGCAUCCUGUCCCAAUCUCGAACCUCUGAUGAGCUGGACGGUUUGGGAGACAAAGCUUUGCUUUCGCUGCUGAAGCUACAGGACGUCCAGCGAGCAAUGCGUGAGGAAAACGCCGAGAUCAGACGUCUCGAACGAGAUGUGGCUAAAGCUCAGGAGCUCAGAGAUAAGGAGGAGAAAGCCAGGAACCUUCAGAAGAAAAUCCUCACACUUCAGACAAACGUAGACACUUUGAAGGUGGAACUUACAGAGUUAAAGACUCAGCUGACUGAGAAAGAGGAGGCCUCUAAGGCUGCACAAGUACAAAAAAAAGUCUAUAAGGAUUCUAAAGCCCAAGCGAUUUCCUAUGCUCCAAUAACCCCAGAGGAGAAAGAUGCAGAGGGGAUAAACACAAGUCAGGCCUCAGUGGUGUCCCAAGUGUCGGAGAAAGGCCGCAAGGGAACCAGAAAAGCUAAGCCCUUAACCAAGGCCCAAAAAGAGAAGCUCUUGAAGCAGACCAAUAGAGUGGAGAAAGCUGGCAAGGAUGAAACUGAGGAGGCUAAACUAGCUCCAAAGGGGAAGGCUGGCAAAGACACACCUGAAGUUAAGAUAGCUACAAGGAAAAACCUUGGCAAGGACACACCUAAGGAUGGUAAGAUAGCAAAAAAGAAGGCAGCUGGAAAGGAUGCACCUGAGGAAGAUAUUAUAGCUCCAAAGAAGAAGGCUGGCAAAGAUGAACCUGAGGAGGAUACGAUUGCUCCAAAGAAGAAGUCUGGCAAGGAUGCACCUAAAGAAGUUAAGAUAGCUACAAAGAAAAAUGUUGGCAAGGACACACCUGAGAAGGGUAAGAUAGCUCCAAAGAAGAAGGAUGGAAAGGAUGUAGAUGAGGAAAGUAAGAUAACUCCAAAGGAAAAGGUUGGCAAAGACACCCCUGAGGAAGGGAAAACGGCUACAAAGGACAAGGCCCCCAAAAAAGUGUCUGCAAAGACGACCUCUGCCAAGAAGCAGACAUCCCCAAGGGAGAUUGCUCAAAAUGAGCACUCACAAGUAAAUAUCCCAGAAAAGAUGCCCCGAAAGGUCAAGUUCUCAAACAUGGCUGCAGAGCAUGAGAAAAGCCGUAAGGGAUCCAGACCUGCAAAAACCUCUACCACAGCCACAAAAAACACAGCACAAAAGAAGGUAUUGCUGGAAGAGUCGACUGAAAAUGUUUCAUUUGAAUCGGCUGACAUGGAAAUAGAGGAAGGUAAGAGAGCCCCAAAGAUAAACCCCCCCAAAAAGAUGACUUCCAAAAAAAAAACUGAGAAGGAAUUGACCCUAAAAGAGGCCGCUUCUCAAGUAGAGGAGUUGGCCCUGAAGGAGCUGGUCCUGGCUCAAGUGCCCGAGAGAAGCCAUACAGCAAAGUCCUCAACUCGGUCGGCAAAAGACAAAGCCCCGAAGAAGACUGCUCAGAAGGAGUUAACGACGAAUAAGAUGGUCUCAAUGGAGACUACUGAAAAGGAAAUGGCUGAGAAAAGUAAAACAGCACCAAAGACGAAGGCCCCAAUAAAGAAGGCUUCAAAAAAGUCUGACAAGAAAGAAUUAGUCCCAGAUGAGACAGCGUCUCAAGUAAAAACUACAGUGGAGUCGGCCUCAGAGGAGUUGCCCCCCAAGAGCAACGCCUCAAACGUGGAUCAAUUGCUGGAGAAAGGGCGCAAGGGAUCCAGAACCGCUAAACCAGCUCUAGAGGAGAAGGAAUCAGUUUUGAAAGAGACUGUUUUAAAGAGAAGGGCUCCUAAAGAAAAACCGCUCAAGCCGAGAUCUGGGGAGAACGAGACCGAAAAUGAGGAUUCCUCAAUUGUCGCAAAGGUACGGAAAAGCACCCGAAAGGUUGCCAGACCACCAGAAUCUCCGUUAGAAACUGAACCUGUAACAGCCCGUCGUUCAAAAAGGAACACUGUAAAGAGCCAGAGUCUGAGUAAGACGAUCCCUGAGAAAACAACCCGCUCCAGAUGAAGAUGAUCAUCUGAGGAUGAAAGUGUGCGUUCCUGCUCACAUUGUAGAGACUGCCAGGAUAUUCCAAGGGUCGAGCGAGAGAACUGUCUGCUUCUGUGUGUGUUCAUUUACUUUUUUUUUUUUUUUUUUUUUGUAAUGAAACACGUCGCGUUCAAAUUGCGGAAUGUUUCUAAAACCGUGUUGUAUAAAGUGGGCUAUUAUAUAAUAAAUGAAUUAUACUGUGUACAUAUGCAUGUAGAAAAGGACAGCGUGAUGUCAUGCCGUAUAGCUGUUUUGCAUUAAGAGUAAAUACGAUGCUCUGUGUGUGUGUGUGUGUGUGUGUGUGUGUGUGUGUGUGUGUGUGUGUGUGUGUGUGUGUGUGUAAGUAAUGUCUUGCCUUAACAGAACCCAGUGUGUUGUCUGGUUGUAUAAUAAAGUUCUGUGUUGUUGUAAAAA